CACGCGACGUCCACUGCUAAUGGUCACCGUGUUUGUUUAAUGGCGGAGCGAGUGAUGGAACGGAAUGAGUGACACGUCGCGUAAAGUGAAAAACCCGCUGCUCUCUGCCGCGGGAGUGGGUUUCCCCUUCGAGGAUUUUUCGGGGAAUGCUGUGUUAAUGCCUGUAACACCUGCGACCUCGUCGGUGCUUCAAGAUGAAGGUGAAAUAGCUAGCUUCGUAGGGCAGCAGCCUCAACCUCCGCCGUCAUCAUAUCCUGCAGAAUUCAACGUCGGAUCAGCUGCUCGCCCCGACCACCAACAGCAGCAGCAUCAGAAUCUACAGAGCGCCCCUGCCACCGCGGAAAUUUAUCUACCACCUAUUAACGAGCCCCGAGAUUUAACCACCAGCGAAUCCGCCAUUCAACCCCAAAAGCAGGGCUAUCUAUCGUCGCUUCUAUCCUCGCUCCCAAACCUUUCCUUGGCUUCUAUCACCGGCGAUAACAGAGAAGACACCGCUGCCCGGAUCUCCGCUGUUCCCGAUUACACUUCGUAUCCGUCUAACUAUCCGCCGAGUAGCUAUUCCACCACCCCGUACCAGUCCAGCAACGUUGGGCCAUCGCCUGGACGACAGGAAAACCCUCACGAACUUGGAGGAACCACUACAAGCUGGUUUCAACCGAAUAAUUCUACUCCUCUGGUACCUGCAGCUCCGCUAUUUACACCUCCGGCAGCCCAGCCGCCCCCCGCUGCUCUGCCCCCGACAGGAGCUCCGUCAUCGUCCUAUAGACUCGGCAACCAGCGACGACUCAAGUAUGCGCCUCCUCCGGAUCUGACUACUUCCAGUCCCCGGGUCAGCGGACUACCUCCACCUACCGCGUUGGCCCCGCAGCCAGUUUUUUCACCCACAGCUCCACCGGCGUUGUACCAACCGCAGCUUGCGCCAAGUCAAGUUCAGCCCCCAGUACCGGGUCCUGAGUUCCAAAACGCGUUUCCGAGUGAGCAGAGAACUCCUUCACAGAGCAUAAAGCCGCGGGUUUCCGAGCCUGCAACGCCGCAAAAUACCCCGGCGAACCCAACGCCCUCGUCGACCUUCGCGCCUCCGACUCCGGGCCGCGACUGGGGCCCAGGGGUUGAUGAAGCCCGGCAGAACAGCGGGGAUGAUGCGCUGCGUGACGUAGACCUUUGCGAGUCGUCACCCUUGGUGUCGCUUCCGGUCCCGUCGGCGCCGGAAGUUGGUUUCACCCCCGAAAACAAGCUUCCGUCCUCGUCCUCGUCACCGUUCGCCCCGAUUUCGGCGGCGCGGGUCUCCGAGAAACUUGAACACCUUUUGGCCACCAGGAAAGAGCUUUCGCCGAAGGUCGCUGAGCCGGAGCCUCUAGAUUUUGGGGGCGAGAAAUCCGAUUCAACCCUCGCUUCGUCCACCGCGGCCUACUUCGCGCCGACCCUCGAUCGGCCCGCGUCAAAUUCUAAUUUUUACGACCCGAACAAGUUCCAGGCGGAGAUCCAGCCACUUGCUGGGACUCCGGCGCCCCCGCCCUCGACAUCGACGCUGUCGCAACCCAGCUCGGCACCGAGCUUUUACAACCCCUCGCAGUUCUCCACUCCGGCGAAUCCCCAGCCUCACCUACAGACGCAGUCUUUUUCGGUGCUGGAAAGUUUCGCACCUGUUUACAAUCCGCAGAGCUACUCCUACCCUCUGGCCUCGAACGCACCUUUGCCUGAAAAUCAUUUUGGAAGCGGAAACAGUCACGAAAAUCCGGUGUCCUAUUUCACCCCUCCGUCACCGCCUAUGGGAGUCACCGUUCCCGAGCCCACUGGAUCCGCCACUCUUGAUCCCAUUCAGAUGUCAGUUAACCUCCUUGGGAGUUCUGGACACACGAGUACCUUUGAUAGUGGGCUGCCAAAUCUACCUCCAAGUCUACAUAGUUUGGCCGCAGGCACUUCUGCACCAAGACAGAUGACGUACCGCCCGGUUUACCAGCACUGGUUCCACCGCAAGGAGGUGGAGACCAAGGUGCUCUGGUUGCCGUUCUCAAUGCAGGACAGUCUGAACCUCGAGGAGGUUCACAACUCGACUGAAAUCACUCCUGAGACCACCGUUGCUACCGAGGGCGGGCGGUACGACGUUGACAUCCUCAGGCGACUUAGGACCCCCGUAUACUGGUCCGGGGCCCCGAACGAGGUCCGGAGGUGCUCCUGGUUCUACAAAGGACCCACUGAGUCCCGGUACUUUCCCUACGAGGAGAGCGUCGCCGCCAGACUCGAGGAGGAGUACCAGCAGGCCUGCAACACGGAUGCAUGGGGCAGGAGGAUCGAACUGAACAACGGGGAGUACAUCAUCUUUCACAGCCCAACCGUCCAGGUCCACUAUCUACAGCCCGGGUCCCCGGAGCCGACUACAUCCUGGGGGAGCAAUGGCGGUUCAGAGGACAGUGCGUAUUUGCAGGGCACUACGCUGCGGCCACGGGUCGUUAAACGAGGAGUCGACGAGUUCAACAUCGAUGAGGGUGAGCCUGAGCAGGUAGACCACCUUCUCUUCCUUGUACACGGCAUCGGAAGCGUUUGCGAUCUGAAGUUUAGAAGCGUCGAAGAAGUUGUCGACGAAUUUCGCAGCAUAUCUCUACAGUUGGUCCAAUCACACUACCGUACAGCGAGUGAGCAGGGAAUGGUGCACAAAAUGGAGGUGUUGCCGAUAUCCUGGCACACGACUCUGCACUCCGAGGACACCGGGAUCGACAAAAAGCUGCAGGCAAUAACGCUCGAUAGCAUACCAAAGCUGAGGCACUUCACGAACGACACUCUGUCCGAUAUACUCUUUUACACCAGCCCGAUAUACUGCCAAACGAUCAUGCAAACCGUCGGUCACGAGAUGAACCGGCUCUACGCGCUGUUCAAGAAGCGGAACCCGACCUUUGAAGGCGGGGUCUAUCUCGGUGGUCAUUCCCUGGGGAGUUUGAUAUUGUUCGAUCUUUUGUGCCAUCAGAAACCACCGAAGAACGAGGAGGAAGACGCGAUCAAGGAAAAGCCCGAGGAGGAAAAGGAACCCGGCGACGAGGCGGUUAAGGACGACGACGUUGACAACACGGUAAAAGAGCCGAAAACGAAGCCUCGGAAAAGUAUGCUUAGUCGGAAAAUCAGCUACGUAAUGGGUUCGGCCGGGACCGGUCAACCCUACAUCAAUUAUCCCCAGCUUCACUUUCAUCCCAGCGCCUUCUUCGCCCUUGGAAGCCCAAUCGGGAUGUUCGUAACUGUUCGUGGCAUUGACACCCUCGGUGAGGACUUCGCUCUUCCCACCUGCCCCGCUUUCUUUAAUAUAUUUCACCCCUUCGAUCCCGUCGCCUACCGAAUCGAGGCUCUGAUUCAUCCGGAUGCGAGCAAGUUUCGCCCAAAGCUGAUCCCCCAUCACAAAGGAAGAAAGCGAAUGCAUCUUGAAUUGAAGGAAACGAUGGCUCGCGUUGGGGCAGAUCUGAAGCACAAGCUCCUCGACUCGGUGAGAAGCACUUGGAACUCGGUUUACCAGCUGGCGAUGUUCCACAGGUCGGACAACCAGGCACUGGAACAGGAAAUCGACAAGGUGGUCGAGGAACAGCUGAACAAUGCGUCAAGCGAGUCCGUAACCAGCCAGCAGCAAGUCGAGGACUCCGGCGAUGACAUCAAGAUCGGGAAAUUGAACGGCGGUAGAAGGGUGGAUUAUGUCCUGCAAGAAGCCCCCUUCGAGUACAUUAACGAAUACAUAUUUGCACUCACGAGUCACGUCUGUUAUUGGGAAUCGGAGGACACGAUGCUGAUGAUGCUGAAGGAGAUAUACGGCUCGAUGGGAAUUCAAAGCGACGCACAGCUGCCUCAGCAAACAUUGACAAUAGAGAGAGCACCGCUGUCGCCGGUCGUUAUGCCGCGAGCAAAUCAGCCCGCCUACAUGAGCAAUCCCGGCACGUCAGCCGUCGCUGAGUCUAGUUUCGACGGUAAAAGUACACCGGUUGUAAUGGGAAUGGAUCCGACAGCUCCGAUAAGCGAAAGGCCUGUAGGACCUCCACCCACGUCCGGAUUCCUUCGAAAGUCGUGAUCCGAUACCUUUGCCGCCAAACACCGCGAUCAAAAACUCGCUCAACUAGUUUGAAGCUCCGACUGUUUCACGAACACGUAGGACAAGAAGGCAAAGAAGAGGGGGAGUAUAUCAAGGAGC